UACAACUUGUUUGUGUUUUUGAGUUCUGCCAUCAGCUGAGUGCAUAAGUUGCCAAAUCGGAACUAAGAUCAAGUGAUCAACCAGCAACAAAAGUGAGUUGCCUGUCUGGAUUUUUUAAGAGGGACAUGAGACAUUGAGGGGAGAUGGGACAUUAUGUUGGGAGACUUGGGACAAAAUCCAGUGUGGAAUCUUAAGUUGCCUGUCUGGUCUUUAAGCUGACUGCUGAGCAUAAGAAUUUGCAGAAGCAUAAAUAAUGACUUCACAAACAGAAACAAGCCUCUGUUUUGUCACCUGGAACAUCCGUGGUAUAAAAAAGCCACGGAAGCUUUCACGUUUGUUGGAAACCCUCAGAAAACUUCAGGCUGAUAUUGUCUUUUUACAAGAGACACAUGUUGGGCUAGAGUAUGACCUGCAAAAGAAAGUGGAAGAUGAGACUGAAAAAACAUGGACGGUCUUCUAUACUGUUCACAGCCCUGCCAGCAAAGGAGUUGCAAUACUGAUAAAAAACACCAUACCUUUUGAGUACAAACGCCAUGAUGAGGACUGUAGUGGAGGUUACAUUGUGCUCUUCUGUCAUCUUCAUGGUGAAAUGUUCACUCUCGUUAAUGUGUACAAUCAUCAGCAUGACAGAAUUGUCUUGGGUAGAUUGAAAGAAUAUUUGAUGGAAACAGCUGAGGGUGUGCUGGUGGUUGGAGGUGAUUUCAACACAGUUUUACAUCCCUGCUUUGAUCGGAGACCUUCAGCAUUCAAUCCGUAUAAUUCACCAUUGAAAAGAGUUUUAGAAGACUUUACUGUUUCUCUGAAUCUCAGAGACACCUGGUCAUACUUGCACGCUGCUGAUGUGGGUUUUACACGACGUCAGGGUGCGAGUCAGUCUAGGAUAGACAUGUUUUUUAUGCACAAUGACAUAGUGGGACGAGUGCGCAGUAUCACAGUAGAGCAGUAUAAACUUUCUGAUCAUAAUCCACUUCUCCUGGAAGUUGAAGUGCAGCAACAGAACAGAACAGCAACAGGAAAUAAAUUUCCAAGAGUUUCAAAAAAAAAUUAUACAUUCCAGUAUCCAAGACACCCGGACGACAGGAUCCCAGGGAAGAUUAGUGGGGCAGAAAUCCUGAGUGUCAUCAAGAGUUUGCCUGACUCACAAGAAGAAAGACCUGAUCAAAGGCAAGUGGGCUACUACAAACGUCGUCAGUGGCAAAUGACAGAAACCUUAAAGACAAAGUACAACGACAUGUUAAGGACUAAUUCUGUAUCUGAAGCAUUUAAAGAAUCUCGUCUUUCAAAAGACAGAUUCGUCUUCAAUGUAGAAUAUUUGAUAUUCUCUCAGAUUUUGGCCAAGCGCCUUAGUGCAUACAUUUUCCCUUAUAACAAGAAAAAGCAAGAAAAAAACCUUGAUAAAUUUCUCACUGUGACAUUCAAGAAAGGCACACAAAAAAUCAAAUGGUCUUUCCUUGAGAAAAGCCUUGAACCGGAAGAAGGCUUGAAAAGGAAACUGAUCGGCUCUGCCCCACGAGCAAAAUUUCAUAUUCUGAAACACCUUCUGCCAACAGACCAAGGCUCUUCAGGGGAACUCGGACUUUUACUGCCUGGCUGUCCACUCACCCGCACUCUCCUUAAUUUAGCUCUGAAUAAGCUAGAUUGGAUUCUCAAUAGUGAGAAGGAGUGCAGGAGCAGUGUUUGUUUUCAGAGACAGGCUUUGCUCAUACAUGCAUAUCAGAAGAAACAAAAGAAACAAAAAGUUGCUCGGCUAGUUGAAGAUUUUGAGGGAUAUUCAGGAUUGAAAUUUGAAAAAAACUUUGCAUAAUAGACUGAGAUUAUUAAAGUGCCCUGUUGUAUGUGACAGACAGAUUACAUUCAUGAACUUGCUGUGGUAGGAUUACAAAAUAUCAAGACACAAGCAAGACAAACUAUAUAAUUUUAUAUUGUCAUGCUGAUUUUAAAACACUUUAUUGAUGUACAGAGCUACCUUGCUUGUAAAUAUUUAGAGAAUUUUUAAAGUUAUCUUAAAAUAUUAUGUAUCAGACAGGUUCUUUACAGCAUCUGCAUUACAAAUUGUGAAACAAC